AUUGCUUCCCCCCAUAAUUUGUUUGCCAUAUAAUUUGGGAAUUGGAAAAUUAACAAAAAAGAAGAUUGAGAAGAAAAUUUGACGGGGGAGUAAUUGAUUGUAUUUGAUUCAACUUCUUCUCAACAUAUCGUUACAUAUAAUUAGGGUUCUAGAAUCUGGGGAUUCAUUGCUUACGGAAGGACUGUACUAUUCUGGAGAGAGCGAAUUGGGAAUGGGCAGUUCAAAUGAAUUUCUGGAAGAGCUGCUGAAUGUAGAAGCCGAGCUUCAAGAUGUCCAAGAUCAGAUAAAAAUUCUUCUUGAUCAGCAAGAGAAGUUGUAUGCGAGAAAAUCUGAGUUAAAGGCCCUUCUUGAAGACUUUGAAGCUUCAGAAAACCAUUAUGAUGAUGAUGGUGUGUCAGCAGCUACAGAGAACUGGUUAGGGUCAUUUGAAUGGGAUUCUAGAGCUGAUGAUCUUCGGCUCAAUAUUUUUGGCAUAUCUUCAUACCGUGCAAAUCAACGAGAGAUAAUAAAUGCAGUCAUGAGUGGAAGAGAUGUUUUAGUCAUUAUGGCUGCAGGUGGUGGCAAAAGUCUUUGCUACCAACUUCCUGCUGUUCUUCGUGAUGGAGUUACCCUUGUGGUCAGUCCAUUGCUAUCUCUAAUCCAAGAUCAGGUGAUGGGUCUAACUGCUAUAGGAAUUCCAGCAUAUAUGCUGAUGUCAACUACCAGCAAGGAUGAUGAGAAGUUCAUUUACAAAGCUCUAGAAAAGAAUGAAGGAAACCUCAAAAUAUUGUAUGUCACACCUGAGAAAAUAUCGAAGAGUAAAAGGUUUAUGUCAAAGCUUGAAAAGUGCCACCAUGCUGGCCGCCUCUCGUUGAUAGCAGUUGAUGAGGCACAUUGCUGUAGUCAGUGGGGGCAUGAUUUCCGUCCUGACUACAAGAACCUUGGUAUUUUGAAGACUCAGUUCCCCAAUGUUCCCGUUAUUGCUUUGACGGCAACUGCUACCAGAAAAGUUCAACUUGAUUUGAUGGAGAUGUUGCAUAUUCCAAAAUGUGUGAAGUUUGUCAGCACUGUAAACAGGCCAAAUUUAUUUUAUAUGGUAAGGGAGAAGUCAUCGAUUGGAAAGACUGCGAUCGAUGAAAUUGCUGAGUUUGUAAAAGGAUCUUAUCCAAACAAUGAAUCUGGAAUAGUUUAUUGCUUCUCCAGAAAAGAAUGUGAGCAGAUUGCAAAGGAAUUACAUGAGAGAGGAAUUAAAGCUGAUUAUUACCAUGCUGAUAUGGAUGUAAGGGAUCGUGAAAAUGUUCACAUGCGAUGGAGCAAUGGCAAAUUACAGGUUAUUGUUGGCACUGUGGCAUUUGGCAUGGGAAUUAACAAGCCAGAUGUCAGGUUUGUCAUUCAUCACAGUCUGAGCAAAUCUAUGGAGACAUAUUAUCAGGAAAGUGGUCGUGCUGGACGUGAUGGGCUUCCUGCAGAAUGCCUACUUUAUUAUAGACCUGCUGAUGUACCGAGGCAGAGUUCAAUGGUCUUCUAUGAGAAUGCUGGUUUGCAGAAUCUAUACGACAUAGUACGAUAUUGCCAGUCUAGAAGCGAAUGUCGUCGAGCCGCAUUUUUCAGACAUUUUGCUGAGCCACUCCAAGAUUGCAAUGGGAUGUGUGACAACUGUGUUUCUUCAACAAAAGUCAAGGACAUUGAUGCCUCUUGCCAUACAAAAGCCAUUAUCUCUUUGAUUCAAGAUAUACAUGCAACUGACCAGAAGGUGACAAUGUUGCAAUUGGUUGACAAGAUGAAAGCUAAACUUAAACAGCUAGGUCUGGACCUAAAGAGAGACCAUGUGGAGCAGCUUGUCAUCCAGCUUAUAGUUGAACGUGUUUUGAAAGAAGAGUUUCAACACACAGCUUAUACGACAAAUGCUUAUCUGGCACUGGGUCCACUGGCAAAGCUGGUUAUGCAAGGUAAGAGGACUGUGAAGCUUCAGAUCUCUAGUGAAGAGGAAAAUAAAACUGCUGCCAUAAAGCGUGCUAAGAGGAAGCCAGCAUCAUCCAGUUUGGAGUUCAGGCUCGACGAGCUACGCAGAGAGCUUGCUUCGCUUCAUGGUGGAAUAUUCCCCCACUCAGUUUUGUCUACUCAGCAAAUCAGCCUUCUAGCUGCUGAGAAGCCCGAAUCAGUGGAACAGUUGGAGAAGAUAAUUGGGAAGGUGAAGAGUGGAAAGUAUGGAACUAGAAUUCUUGAAGAGAUUGCAAGGGUCGACUGUGACACGCGCGUAGAGUCUCAAGGCAAUAAUGAGCAGACUACUGCAGAUGACCGGCCUUCAAAGAAGGCAAAGACCAAUGAAGAAACCAUGGAUAGAGUUUCGAAGAACUCAAGGACAGAUGAUGAUGAUGAUGAUGGAGAUACGAAGAAGGGGAAUAAGACCAAAAGAUCACUUGUUCUUAUAGAUAGCAGUGAUGAUGAGGAAUGAAUGAAUUCACAGCGGACUAAGUGCAGAUAGCAUGGUAUAAGUAUUUAGAAUGGGAAAAGCUAUUGUAUAAGGAUAAAUCAAUAGUCACACCAACCUUUGACACCACAGUUUUACAUGCGAUCUAGAAUGUCUUUGAAAUGGUGAAACCUAAACCCGCCUCAUGGCGUGCCAUACAGCUUUUUCCGGAAAUUACCGCCCUGGUGCGUAUCCCGAUUCAUGCAAUAAGCCAUUUUAAGCAAUUGGCGUAAAGGCGUGUAGGACCGUUUCGCGGUGUGACCUAAUAACAUAUACUCCCUCUG